AUGCAACAGCAACAGCAGCAGGAUGAGUUGACGAUGACGGUGUUCGGGGCGGUGGAGAGCCUGAGCCCGGCGAGGAAGGCGGGGUUCUUGCUCGAGACGAGCUUGGCGUUGAUCGAGAGCGGGAGGUACGGCGACGAGGUGGAGAGCUACCUGGACGUGUACCUGCGGACGCCGGGGCUCGAGAAGAAGGACGUCGCGCGCGCGCUGCUCGCGCGGGGCAACGCGCGCAAGAUGGCGGGCGAACGGCUGCUCGCGAGGGCGCAGCAGGACUUCCAGGCCGUCGCGAAGCUCGACCCGUCCAACCGCGAGCUGCAGGGCUAUCUUCGGCGGAGCAAUAUGAUCCACUUCGUCGACGAGCCUGCCUCACAACGUGCACCUCCGGAGAUCUGGGAACGCAUAGCGCGCUUCAUCCCGCGAUAUCACCUUCGCUCAUGGCUCUUCGUCUCCGCAUUCCACCGUGAUAUCGCCGUUCGCCUCAUCUUUCAUACGAUCGACCUCUACUUUGGGGAAGACCAAGACCUGAACCGCGGACUCGACAUAUUCGACAGGGUUAAGACGGACCAGGGCUUCGCGCGCCGCGUGAAGGCGCUUAGGCUGCAUUGGGCGUAUGAGGAAAAUGAUAUGUUCGAUCUCAUGACAAGGAUGUUCAAGUCCGCACUGCCUGCAUUUGUUGCGCUUAGGGAGUUCGAGUGGAUUGGAUACCCGGAACUACGUGCAGACAUGGUCCAAGCCGUCCUGCAAGCACAUCCACAUCUACAAACGCUGGGGCUCAUCGGCUGGCACUUUGAUGCGGUUGGCGUGUCCGCCUUCAGUGGCCUCCGCAAGUUCAUCCUCCGCGCAGAGGACGACGACGGCUUCGCCGACAUGGGCGAGGUCCGCACCGUGCUCGACCAAAACCAGGCGACGCUCCGGCACCUCACCCUCGGCGCGUACCUCCAGCGGAACCACUCCUGGGACCACGCGUUCCAGUCCGCGACGAUCCGCAACCUCACCCACCUCGAGCUCGUCGACACGCGCAUCUCGCACGUCGUCCUCGCGCGCAUCGCGCACGCGCACAGACUCGAGAGCCUGACGCUGCACGGGACGUUCGAGGAGCCGUGCUCGGCGGGCGUCGUGUUCGGGAGCGACCACGUCAUCGACGGCGUGCACACGUUCCUCCCGCACCUGGAGGAGUUCCGGUUCGUGAUGGUCGGGCACGACGACGACCUGGGCCUGUUCCAGUCCGUCGCGCAGUUCCUCCGCCAGCGGCCGAGGCUGCGCAGGCUGGAUCUGGGCAGCUGCCCGUGGGAUCUCGUGCACGGCGUUCUGCCGGACCUCUCGGGGUUGCGCGUGCUGAGGGUCCGGAUCGCGAACCUGACUGAGGCGUCGCUGAGGGCGCUGUUGACGUCCUUGCCGGCCACGAUGGCAGCGUUGCACUUGGAGACGGCGGUUUCUGACAAGCCUAUCCACGAAUACGCCCCUGCCUUCAAAAUCUUCCCGUCCCUCAGUAUGCUGCAUCUGGACAGCAACAGGCGAAGACCGCAGCCCAACCUUCUCUCCGACAAGGAGUACCAAGUCCAGACGGAACAGUGGGCAUCCAACGCACGGAGCAUCGCCCGCGCGCUCCCUUCGAUCGAUUUCGUCGGCUGGCAUGGGGAGCACUACGUCGUCGUCCGCAGCGGCGGCGCGAAGGAGGGCGCCGCGCGGGAUAAGGAGAAGGACAAGGCCGAGCUGAAGGAGCUGCCCGCACGGCGGCGCUUGGACUGUGCGAAGGGCGUCGACUUCGGGAGCGAGGACGCGGCGUGGAUGGAGCGGAAGGACCUGCCGAUGGACUACGAGACGCCGGGACUCCAGCAGACGUGA